GGGAAGAAAGAAAACGUAUGCAGAAAUGAAAGCUGCUGGUUUAAUAUCUCAACGGAAGCAAUGACUGAAGAUGUUUUGAUUUGCUUUAUUGGUGUAGCCAUGUUAAUUAUUGUCCGCAGCCUUUUGGGCAGCAUCAAAUUCAUCAGAAAAGCUCAUUCUUACCCAGUAAGAUUGCACUCUGCCCCGCAUUUGAUUCCUUCAUCUUGUGCUUUUUCACGGGAAUUCAUGAUGUUGGUCACCAGUUUUUAUUGCUUUUUUCAAAGCCCAUAUUCCUCAGAAGCUGCUGGUUCUAGUGGUAGAUUAAAUGAUAAAGGAUUUGACAAGGAAAUGAUAAGGAAAAUUGUGAAUGAAGGUAGAUGGGAUGAUUUUAGGAUAUUGGAAUUGCUUAAAUCUGCUUUAGCUCCCAUUUGGGUUUCCAGAAUCUUGGUUGAGUUGAAGCAAGAACCUACAUUGGCUCUGAAGUUGUUCCACUGGGCAAAAACCCAGGAUAAAUUUUGUCAUACUACAGAAAAUUAUUGUAUAAUUGCCCACAUUUUGUUCUGUUCUAAGUUUUAUUCUGAAGCCAAUUAUGUUCUUAAAGAAUUGGUUAGUUUAAAUAAUGGCAACAAGGUGUCCCCUUGUUGCAGUAUAGUUGAUGUUUUGUGGGCGACAAGGAAUAUUUGCUUUCCCGGUUAUGGAGUUUUUGACGCAUUGUUUAGUGUUUUUGUUGAGUUAGGCUUGCUUGAGGAAGCAAGCGAAUGCUUUUUGAGGAUGAGAGGGUAUAGAGUUCUUCCAAAGCUACGGUCUUGUAAUCAUCUUUUGCAUAGGCUUUCUAAGAAGGAUGAUGCAAUCAUGGCGAAUAAGUUUUUUGGAGAUGUAAUUGACGCUGGGAUUGUUUUGUCGGUAUAUACGUACAAUAUUAUGAUUGAUAUUUUCUGUAAAGAAGGGGACUUGGAAACAGCACAAAGGUUGUUUGCACGGAUGAAACAGAUGGGUGUUAGUCCAGAUACUAUUACUUACAAUACUCUUUUAGAUGGAUAUGGAAAAUUUGGCCAUUUGGAGGAUGUGUUUGGUUUAUAUGAAGAAAUGAAAGAUGCUGGGUGUCCCCCUGAUGUGAUUACAUAUAAUACAUUGAUUAAUUGUUCUUGUAAAUCAGAGAAAAUGCCAAAAGCAUUUGAUUUUCUCCGUCAGAUGAAGGACAGUGGUUUAAAACCUGAUACGGUAACUUAUAGCACAUUUGUUGAUGCUUUUUGCAAAGAAGGACUAUUGCAACAGGCUCUCAAGUUUUAUCUGGACAUGUGGAGAGUUGGUCUUACUCCUAAUGAAUUUACAUAUACUUCUUUAAUUGAUGCAAAUUGUAAAGCAGGUAAAUUGGAUGAUGCUUUAAAACUACUCAAAGAGAUGUUGGAAAUGGGAUGCAAGUUGAACAUUGUUACUUACACCGUAUUGGUAGACGGCCUUUGUGAAGAAGGGAAGAUGAAGGAAGCAGAGGAAGUUUUCAUUGCAAUGGAGAAAGAUGGGAUAAUCCCAAAUGAGAAGAUAUAUACAGCUCUUAUUCAUGGGUAUAUAAAAGCUAACAGGAUAGAACAUGCUAUGGAAGUUCUGAAUCAAAUGAAAGAAAACCAAAUUGAACAUGACUUAUUCCUCUAUGCAACUAUUGUCUGGGGUGUAUGCAGUCAAGGGAAUUUGGAUGAAGCCAAGCGUCUACUUAAUGAAAUGAAGGGCCAUGGUGUCAAAGUGAAUCAUGUGAUAUACACUACACUUGUUGAUGCAUAUUUUAAGGCAGGAAAAUCUGCUGAGGCAUGCAGUUUACUUGAUAAAAUGAAGGGAAAAGGAAUUUCCCCAACAAUUGUGACCUACAGUGUGUUAAUUGAUGGUUAUUGCAGAUUGGGAUCUAUACAAGAGGCAGUUGAUUGUUUUAGUAGAAUGCAGCAGAUUGGUUUGCAACCUAAUGUUGUAGUUUACACAGCACUUAUUGAUGGCCUGUGCAAAAGUAAACGUAUUGAGGAUGCUAAAAGUUUGUUUGAUGAAAUGAUUGACAAGGGUAUAUUUCCAGAUAAAAUUGCUUAUACGGCUUUGAUGGAUGGAAAUUUGAAAAGUGGAAAGGUUGAGGAUGCCUUGGAAUUGCGGAACAGAAUGGUUGAAACUGGCUUGAAGCUUGAUCUUCAUGCCUACACUACUUUGAUAUCAGGACUCUCAAGAUGUGGUGACAUACAACGAGCAAGGAAUUUGUUUGACGAGAUGAUUGAAAAUGGUGUCCUUCCUGACGUGAUCAUAUAUGGUUGCCUUAUCAGGAAAUAUCACGAGCUUGGUGACGUUAAUGAAGCUCUUUUCUUGCAGAAUGAGAUGACUAGAAGAGGUCUUUUCCCAGUCAGAGGUCAAUAUGCUGUUCAAAAUGUACAAACCUGAAAAACCAGAAGGCGCUUGUUGAUGAAAAAAGUUAAACCAUCUCACCUGGUGAAAGAGUAAAGCAAUAAGAUUAUCUCGUUUCGUCGUCAACCUUUUUCAUCUUCCAAAAUGAGGUGAUAAAAUACCAAAAGCUGGGGAUAUGAUUCAAUAUUCAAAAUAUGGACACUGUAUUCUUUGCAGCAAAUAAAAACCCAAAGAAGCAACUAUUCCAAUUUUUAUACCAUAGAGUAGCAAAAGUAGAUUUGGGGGUAUCUUCUGUGGUUAGUCAAUGAAGAUGCUGCAGAGUUGGAUCUGAAAGUGAAAAGGUUGAGAUUGGCUUGGAGAACUUUCUUAUCAAGUCAAUUAAAUCUGCAACUAAAUUACGCAAUUAGAAGAAUUCUCCUGAUAAAAGGUGGAUGCUUUCAUUAACCAAUAAGUGUGAAUCUGAAGAAAGCCGCGAUGUAUGCAGUCAAUGUAUCAAAUUCGUGUGGAGUGUACUAUAAAGCAGGUUUCAGCUUGUAAUGUGAUGAUUUGGAAGCACCAGCUUGAUGACUGGAGGUAUUGGAUGACAGUGAGAACAUUUUCAGCUGCUAUUUUGAGUGUAUACAUCUGAUACCCCACUGGGCAGAGGUGCUGUUGUUAUUGGGUGCUUCCAGUAAGCAGUACAGAGAUGAGUAGUAAUGUGAUUUUGAGAGGUUUUCCAUCGUGUAAGAUCCUGAAGACCAUCCCUUGAAGCGAAAGAAGAAAACUUAUGGACUUCUAAUUCUUGGAGGUGCUUUCAGAACAACUGAGAUGAUAAUGUUACAGAACAUUUUUCUCAUUCUUUGCUCAGAUUAACCUUCGCUUGUAAACAACCAAAAAUUAAAAAAAGACCUGCACCUGUAACUUAGCCAAAUAGAUGGUUGGCUAAGGUCAUAACAACUUGCAGAUUUGCAACAGACUUGAUGAACUGCAAAUUCUUCUGCAUUACAUAUCCAGAAAACCUUUACGAUAUGUGACAUACCUGAUUACACGUUUGUAACACACUUAAACUGCAUUUUUUUCUGCAAUUUCCAGUCAUCAAUGGCAAGGCAUUACCAUUAAUAUCAA